AUGAAACAGCAAGAGGAUGCACGAUCCAUUGAAUCGGAAAGCGAAGAGGACACCAAACUUCCGGAUGACACAGCGGACAAGUCGACACGGGAUUCGAACACGGGUGGUGAAUCGGGGGCCUUCUAUGGGCCUCUUACACCAGUUCCUAUCGCUGAGGGCAAAGGCAAGGCCUCAACAACCACAGAGACUGGGCACAGCUCAGGGACACCGAUUUCGGCUAAUGGUAUCUGGCAUGUCUAG